AUGCGAAAUUCUGUAAUCUGCCUCUCUUUGUUAGCUGCAUGUGCACAAGCACAGCAGCUGUACAUUACGACGACGGGAUAUGAUGAACGGCCUCAGUGUACUCAGCCGGCAGCGUCGCCGGAGUAUUAUUUCCAACCGUUUUCUUACAGUAUGAACGAGACUGUUCGCUUCGCUACUUCAGUGCCUGCGCCGACUUCAACUCAAACAUACGCUCCGCCGUAUUCCGAGGCUGUGAAGCAUCUCACCACGAAACCAGCGACCACGACAUGGGGUAACUGGCUGCCUGAGCAGACAGAGAUAACAGCUACCGAUGGAGAUGAUCCAUAUGGACAGGCAGCGUGGUCCUCGAUGUGGCAACAGGUCCAGCUUGAGAACUACACCACCACUGGACUGUACUCCACGACGGUCAGUCCCACGCCAAUUCCCACCAGCGAGCUAGUCCUACCACCCCGAGACUACUUCGGACCAACAGACUGCUACAACUUCCCGGACGAUUUUGUUUUUGGCGUUGCUGGAAGCGCAGCACAAGUCGAAGGCGCCGUGGCCCUCGAAGGACGCAGUCCUACCAUCCUGGAGAAGCUGGUCGGUUCUGAUCAACCGAAAGACUACGUGACCAACGAGAACUACUACUUGUACAAGCAAGACAUUCAACGCCUGGCCGCAAUGGGCGUCAAGUACUACAGCUUCUCGAUUCCAUGGACCCGCAUCCUGCCGUUCGUGUUGCCCGGGUCUCCCGUGAACGAACAGGGCAUCAAGCAUUACGACGAUCUCAUCAACACAGUCCUCGAGGCUGGCAUGCAGCCCGUCGUGACGCUCAUCCACUUCGACACUCCAUGGAUGUUUGUAUCCGGGGACGACAGCACCGUUCGCCCGGACAUCGGCUACAACAACGGAGGCUACCAGAACGAGACCUUCGUCGACGCCUUCGUGAACUACGCAAAAAUCGUCCUCUCGCACUACGCAGACCGCGUCCCAAUCUGGGUCACUUUCAACGAGCCCCUGCUCUACUGCUUCAACUUCACCGGCGCGCAGAACGUCAUCAACGCCCACGCCCAAGUCUACCACUUCUACCACGACGAGCUCAAAGCCACCGGCAAGAUGGGCAUCAAGUUCAACGACAACUUCGGCGUGCCCCGGGAUCCCCGUAACGCGAGCGACGUCGCCGCAGCAAACCGAUUCAACGAGAUGCAGCUGGGCCUGUUCGCCAACCCCAUCUUCCUCGGACAGCAGUACCCAGACUCCAUCCUGAGCACCCUCCCCGGCGCCAAACCCCUCAGCCACCACGACCUGUCGUACAUCGCCAACACAUCUGACUUCUUCGGCAUCGACCCCUACACCGCGACGGUGGUCUCGCCGGCCCCCGAGGGCAUCGACGACUGCGCCGCCAACCACACCGCAGCCAAUACGCUCUGGCCCUACUGCGUCGUGCAAGAGACCCAGAACGUCUACGGCUGGGACAUCGGGUACCGCUCGGAAAGCUACGUGUACAUCACCCCGACGUAUCUGCGCGAGUACCUCGGCUACCUCUGGAAUACCUUCCGGUAUCCCGUGCUCGUGAGCGAGUUCGGGUUCCCUGUGUUUGCGGAGGCGGACAAGGAGCUUCCCGACCAGCGGUUUGAUACACCGCGCAGUAUUUACUAUUUGUCGUAUAUGUCGGAGAUCCUCAAGGCGAUUUUGGGGAUUAUGCGCAGCAGUUUGGGCUGCAGGUGGUGA